CAGCUCCAUCAUCCUCAAUUGAAUCAUGUGGGUCCCCUGUUCCACCCGUUAGACUCUCAUCCUGGCAACAUCAACUCUCAAAUGAGUUUUUUGGGGCCAAAAGGCAUUUUGCGAAGUGAUCCGCCUCCAAAUCAUCAAUUUCAUGCAAAUAUGCUUCGUCCACCUUUUCAUCAUUCUAACACUGGGCAAUCUGGGUUUGAUGCUCACACCCAUCACCCUAUGAUGCAACAGAUGCGUAUGCAAGGCAACUUUCCUCCGCCUCACCUGCUACAAGGAUUAUCCAGUUCUCCACCCCAGCAUCCUUAUCCCAAUCUGGGUGCAACUCUGCCUGCUCAACCAGUCAGUCAGGCUUUUCUGCAAGAAUUGAACCCAAUGCAAGGUUUCCCCUUUGGUCCCCAGAAACCCAACUUUGGUGGUCAUGGAAUGCCAUUGCCUGCGCCUGACGCUGCCGGUGGAAGCAACCACCAUCCAGAGGCGCUCCAAAGGCUUAUUGAGAUGGAACUACGGUCAAACCCGAAACAGAUUCAUCAGUUUCCUGCUAGCGGACACACUCAAGGGACGCAUGGACACGAACUUGACAUGGGUUUCGGGUAUAGAUAGGCCACUCGGAUGUCUUGAAACUUGUGUAUAUUCAAUGUACUCAGAUUUCAGAGUCCUCUUGAGUGUGUUUAAUAUUUUGCUUCUUUGAAAUGGGAUGUGUUGAGGGCAGGUGGUGUAAUUAAUGCAUUUUUCAUGACCUUAUGUUUCUCAUAUUCUUAUUUGAUUUCCGAAAGCCA